AUGAUUGCAGAAGUCCCUGUAAUAUAUAUACAAUUGGAAAUACUAAUCCCUUCCAGAUCAAUUUUUAGCUUAGAAAUUUGGUUUGAUUUAUUAGUAUCAUAUGUUGUUGAUAGCAAAAGGUAUGAUUGGGAAACUGAUGCAGAUUAAAUUGAUGAUAAAAAACCAAAGUUGCCUUUACAUUCAGAUAACAAAUUCUAAAUGGUGCUCUUUUAGAAGUUAUAAGUCAACAUCUUGAACCUGAAUUUGGAUAAGUAUGUGAAAUGGCAAAAUUGUAUAUAUAUAUCAGACAUGUAUUAUUGA